AUGAGCAACACCAGCACAGAAUGGAGGCCAGAAAUGCCAGAACUAGACAGGACCAAUCUUGGUAAGGCUAUCAACACCAGCCAGAGAACGGUUCAGGAACGAUGGUCGGGGGUAUCGAAAUCAAACCAGAGCACCAAAUUCAAGAAGUCUGCUCGAGUUCAGGCGACAACCAUCAACUGCGGCAGCAGCGACUUCCAGAAAAUUGUCAAGGAAUUCACCGAAAUCCCUUCGCUCAACGGGAGCCCGAUUAGCAGUGCGGACUCUACUCCAACGAAAAGAAAGAUGAUGCCGCGGGGGACAGAGCAGGUCCGAGUCACCCCAGCCUCGAACCUCGAUGUGCAACCUGAGGAUGGGUACAUUUGGACGAUGUACCGUCAGAGGACAUCUCUUGAAGCCAAGUAUCCAAGGAACUACUAUUGGUGCACUCAUAAAUUUGAGCAAGGUUGUUUGGCUACCAAGCAAGUGCAAAGAUCCGAUGACGACCCUACUGUCUUCGAGAUCACGUACCGUGGAAGGCAUACGUGUACUGACCGCCCUCCCGCUGUCGUCCCUCCUUUCUCACUGCCUGAAAAUCAAAAUGAUUCCAAUGCCUCCAUCGAUGAUGCCCCUCUCCAAAUCAGGGAACUCCCUGUGUAUGUCUCGGCCGCAACUUCAGGCAACAACUCUCAAGCAACAGGACACCAGAGACGAUUACCAGAGUUGAAGGUAGCUUAUCACGGAAGAAAGUCGGAUGACAAUGAGAUGCAACGACUUGUUGAGGUCAACAUACCUUUCUUUCUCCCUCUUACGUCAUUAUUAGUUUCUAGCCUAUGUUUGCCUCCAAUAGGUUACAAGUUAUGA